AUGGCCCAUCCCGUCAAGGUGGUCGUCGUGGGUGACGAUGGGAUUGGCAAGACCUCGUUACUCAUUUCCCACUUCAAGGACCGGUUUCCGGUUGAAGAUUGCUCAAGCACCCUCUAUGCACACUCGGCUGAAGUUGUUAUCAAAGGUAAAACAUAUCCCUACGAAAUACUUGACACUGCAGAUGCCGACCGCCUCCGUCCUUUGAACUAUCCUCAAACCGAUGUCUUCCUCGUCUGCUUUUCCGUUGACUCUGCCGAUUCGUUCGACCACUGUCGCGACAAAUGGUUUCCCGAGCUUGAAUACCACAGUCCGGGAGUACCUCGCGUGCUUGCCGCCACCAGGAUUGACCUUCGCAACGAUUGUGACACUGUUGAGGCCCUGGUCAAAGAACACAGACGCCCGAUUUCAACUGAGCAAGGGCGCCGUCUCACACAAGAGCUAAAUGCCUGGAAAUACGCUGAAUGCAGCGGCCGCACGAAAGAAGGGUUGGCAGACCUCUUUGACAAGGUAUUCGACGCUGCUUUAGAGGGACGGGCGAGACCCACCAUUUCGCGACCCCAAGAUCAUGUCGAUUCUCGUCCAACCACAAAUGGCUGA